AUGAGUAUGAAUCCAGUUGCAUCGGAUUUCAGUUACUAUGCCGAAGAUCAGACCAUAUCCAUCCCCACCAAAAAGACCGAGCCCACCACGUCGGCGGGCGAGAAACGCAAGAUUUACGGUCGAGAUUUGCGCGACAUUGACGACAACGACCUCGACAAUCUCUUGAAUAACUUAUCAGUGGAGGAAAUGGAGGAGCUGAAUCACGAUCUGGACCCUGACGUGAGUUUUUUUUCCGCUUUUUGUUUGUUUUUAGAGCUGUGACUGUGUUUGGAGAGGCUGUUUUUGGACGUUUUUAAUCGAAGUUUGUUAUUUGAUGUAGGAGACUGGUGAAAAAUUGAAACUUUUUGACGGUUUAUGACAAAGUUAAAGCCUAAUAUUUUAAGAUAUUGUAAAAGUGUAGAUAGAUUUCUGGGUAAAAAACCCGUCUAGUAAAAUAAGUUACUAGUUUUAAUUAUUAAAGUUUAUUUAUCUGUUUAGGGUUACAGCAGCGAUGAUAAUAUAGAUUAUAAUAUUACUAUAAGAUUACCAUGAAGAAUGAUAAGAAACGAUUCCUUUUAAAGGAAUCAAAAAGUGAUAAAUUUAACGUGUUUUGUAAUAAAGUGAAUAGACAAGUUUUAGAAUACAAUAGAUAUUAAUGUGAUAUUUAAAAAGACAUUAAAUGUUAAUGUGAAAUAUUGAAUAUGAUUUUCAAUGUUUGCUUUAUUAUUAAUAUCGAAUUUCUAGAUAUUUCUAGAAGUUUCGACAAAAAGGUUGUUUUAGCUUUGAAACGCGCUAUAACAAAUUAUUUUACUGUUAGUUUAGGUAAUGAUUUAUUUUCUAAAAGGCGUAGUAUGUGGCAUGGUUAAUAUUUUUCGAAUGAGUUUUUGAAAGAACUAAUGCAAAAUAGACCGUUUUUCUUAGAUAUUGUGAUUUACUGCUUUUUUGGCUUGUAAAAAGCAUUACUUUAUCAUGUAGCACUAUUAGUAUCAUAGAUAAUAUGAAAAAAUCAAAUUUUUUAUAUGAUACUACUAUAUUAUUCUUUCAAGCUUCAUAUAUGUUUUUACGACAUAUAUUGGCCUGCAAACUCCGUAUGUCCCAUAUUUUUCAAGGCAACUUCAUCCAAGUUAUGGUUCUUUUUCUCAAGCCUAUAAACAUGCAAAGAACAAUAUAACUGAUUUGAUUGUUUGUUUAUUAGUUAACUUGUUUUUAGAAUUCCAUGCUGCCCCCAUCACAGAGGUGUACAUAUCACGUCGACAAGACUCCCACGGGGCCGUAUAAACGCGAAAAGUUGCUGCAACAUCUGGAGGACGAAGCGAAACGGGAAAAGGAUUGGGAGGAGAAUGUGCCCUUUAACCUGGGAGUGAAAAGAGGUUGGUUCUGAUGAUAUUAUUGCUUUUAACUAUGAAAGAUUAGGCUUAAAAUAUGAAAAAAAGAUUAAAAUUUAAUAUUUUGGCAAUACGUUAAUUAAAAUUUAAUUUCAGGGACUGUGUUUGAGGAGAAAGAUCAAAAUGUUCAAGAUGGUGGAUUAGGGAAGGAUAAGAAGGUCCCAAUGCCUAUUAUGCUGGACUUGGACAGUGAUACAGAAGGAGAAGGUGAUGAAUAUAUUGAGAAAGCUUUGGACAAAGCUCCCGAGAAGGAUCUGGUCGAUUUGGCUGGUAUUUUAGGUAUGUUUUCAAUGGAUUUUGGAAUUUUUACGUAACAUUUUCAUUUUCUCGUUGAUUUUUAUAAAGCUAGUUAGUUUUUAAAACGAAAAUUGAAUAAAUAAACAAAUGUUUGUAUGUAAAAUACGAUGUUUUAAGGCUUAUUUUGAUGAUUAAGUUAAUUAAAAUGUUGUUAUAGGCAUGCACAACGUCCUAAACCAAACCCAAUACUAUAAUGCACUGAAAGGCAAAGCUCAAGACGAAAACACGGCCACAUUCGAUGGCGUUAUCAAAGCAUAUCAACCACGAAUCGUUCCAGAUGAACCCGAAAACAUGACAAAUGUGGAUGAGUGUAUAGAGUAAGAUUAUAGCGUGCAAAGUCUUGGCUAUGUUACUAUUUUACUUGUCCUUGGAGUUUAAAGUGAAUUAGUGUUGAUUUUGAAGGUUAAAAUGAGUUAUUUAAAACUGGUUUUUGUUUUUAAAAUUUUAGGUAAAAAAUAUGAAAAUUAGGCCGAAAGAUGGAAUUUUAGGUAACAAAAUAUGAGAUUAGGUUAAGAAGUUAAACUUUAAGUGACAACAUUACUUUUUUUGAAGUUUAGGUAUUAAUUUUUGGCUUUUACCAAAAAUGGGAUAUUUUUUUUAAAUUUAGGUAACAAAUUUUUAAUUUUUUCGAAAAUUUGGUUCAAACUUUAAAGCUCAUUUUCAUUUUCAGAAGGUUAGAAACAAACGACCCCAACCUGACAGAAAUCAACAUAAACAACAUGAAACGGUUGCCAAAAGAGCGGAUUCGAAAGCUCAUCAAAACCGCCGCCACCUCCAAGCACCUCACCAAACUCUCCCUCUCCAACACCGCCAUCGACGAUCAGGAGGCGCGGCCGUUGGCCGAACUCAUCGAGAACAGCCCCAGCCUCAGGGUGCUGAACGUGGAGAGCAACUUUAUCAGCCCCGAAAUGAUCGCCAAAAUGCUGAGAGCAACCCUAAAACAUCAGAGCAUCAUCGAGUUCCACGCGGAAAACCAACGACAACAAGCGCUGGGCAUACCCAUUGAGAUGGAUAUCAUGAUGACCGUGGAGGACAACGAAUCGCUCUUAAGGGUGGGAGUCUCGCUACAGUCCAUGGAAGCCAGACAUCGGGUUUCCGAGGCGUUGGAAAGAAAUUAUGAACGAGGUAAGGGGUGGAAAUUUAAAAAUGAUGGAGUUUUGAGGGGGAAAGUUGGUAUUUCACAGGAAAAAAAGCUGUUAUUUUGACGAAAAAAUUAUAAAAAUAGUGGAAAAAUGGGUGAAUACAUUGCAAGUUUAUUUUCCAACAUUUUCUCAAAAAAAUCACUAAAUUUCGUUAAAAACCCCGUCUAAAACACUGAAAAUAUGCCGAAAAUCGAAGAAAAAUCCGAAAUAAACCGCUUUUCGAGCGAAAAAGAGAGCGCGCGUCUGUGGUGUAAUGGUCAGCAUGGUUGCCUUCCAAGCAAUCGACACGGGUUCGAUUCCCGUCAGACGCAGUACGGAUUUUUGCGGUUUUUUAAAUUUUGCGCAAAGUAAAAUAGUAAAAUUAAGGUGUAAUAAAGGUUGGCGGAUAUUUUAUCUUAUUUUUAUGGGAAGUAAGGGCAGGAUUUUUGAAAAAAUGGCGAAUUUUGAUGAAAAAUUUGAAAAGAAUGGUUUAAAAUUGACUAUUUUUGUGGUUUAUGUUAGCCAAAGACAAUAUAAAUAUGCUUUUUAACAAGCAUUAAUGAUAUAAAUUUUCUUUUUUAUUAUCUUAAGUGUUAUAUGAGUAUCAUUUUUCAGUACGACUCCGCCGCCUCGCACAACGCAAACAAGCGGCCGCGCAAGCCCAGAAGAAGUAA